AUGUCCAACACCCCCAUUCAGGGAUCUGAGACUAUAAAUCAAGCUACACAUCUAUUCCCAAUUUAUCCAUUCGCUCUUCCGCCCACUUGGAAACUCCAAAAGGGCAGCCGAGCCAACCUGACAGCAUGGCGUAUCGGUGUCAAGGGGAUUCUCGCCCAACUUAAUCUCCUCGGUAUUAUCGAUAUCAAAACUCCUCAUCCACCCGAGAGUGACCUGAAAUAUGGUCUCUGGACACAUGGGACCAUGGUCGUGAAAUACUGGAUCUUGAACCAGCUAGACCUCAAGGGGGAGGAGACUCCCGCAUCCAAGGCGGUUGCCAGCUUGUGGAAGACCACACGACAAGGUCAAGACUCAUCGAUCGCGUAUGUUCGAGCAUGGAAAGGCGCCGUGGCCCGGCUGAAUGAGGAGGCAAUCCCCGUUUCUCCGUGCUUUGCUCUCGAAUCCAUGUUUCUGGAGCUUUAUGUUGAAAUGCCGACGGCCAUCAAUUCGCUUCGAGAUCGACAGGAUCUCGGGCCGAAGAUGACGCAUCGCACUUUUCUCGAAAUCUGCGACAGUAUCAUGGCGGAAUUGCCGUAG